AUGAGAGGCACGCUUGUCUUCUCGGGCUCGUCAUGCCCAGGCCUCACGGCCAAAAUCUGCUCGAAUCUGGGCAUGAGCCCGGCCGAGGCAGAUCUGUCUCAAUUCUCCAAUGGCGAGACGAGCGUCCGCAUCCUGACCAGCGUUCGAGAAAAAGAUGUCUUCGUGGUGCAGUCGGGGAGUCCCACCAUCAACGACACCAUCAUGGAGCUUCUCAUCAUGAUCUCUGCCUGCAAGGGUGGCUCCGCGAACAAGGUCACAGCCGUUCUCCCCUACUAUCCAUAUAGCCGACAGUCCAAGAAGAAGUCGCAUCGCGGCGCCAUCACUGCGCGCAUGCUCGCGAACCUCCUCCACGUGGCGGGCGUCAAGCAUGUCAUCACGGUCGAUCUUCACGCAUCCCAGAUGCAAGGAUUCUUCCAGUGUCCUGUGGACAAUCUGCAUGCCGAGCCGCUACUCGCUCGAUGGAUCAAGAUGAACAUCCCCAACUGGAGAGAGGCUGUUGUUGUCUCCAAGAACCCUGGCGGUACAAAGCGAGCUACCUCUUUGGCCGAUGCUCUCAAGAUCAACUUUGGGAUCGUCACCACGGACAGGAAACGUGCCAAGAACAACAUGUCGGCCAGCAUGAUCAUGAACCACUUGGACGGCUGGGAUAACCCACAAGCUUAUCUCAACCGCCUGUCUCGCGCCCCGACAGAGCGCACGCUUCCCGAGUUGGAGAGAGAGACAACACCUCCCCCACCGGAUGCCGAGGCCACGCCUACGCUUCCACACCGCACAAGGGCCGACUCCACGGGCUCUCCAAGAAGAGCCAACGGCCCAGGUCUUCGGACGAAUGCGCUUCACAGAGUGUAUCAGAAUUCGUCACAGGCUUCGUCUAACGGUGACCAUGCAUUAGACGAGGCCCACGCCGAAGAUGAAGAUCAGUAUACCGACGUGCGUGCCCUGGAGGUCACACAUGGACGUUUGGUAUUGGGACAUGUCGUGGCAGAUGACGGAGAAGGCUCGGAAGCCGGGGCCGACGGUAGUAUCCCUUCACAGCCGUACGAGGACGACCCCAUGGCCAUGUCGCACGCCUCAUCCUUCUUCGCUCCAGAGCCGCACGCGCUCGGCGGUUCUGGCGAUGCCGAGGCUUCCUCCGAUGACGACGAACAAAAACUGCAGGAUCCCAAGAUCGAGCACAUGAUCACCUUGGUCGGCAAUGUCAAGGACAGGCCGGUUGUGAUUGUUGACGAUAUGAUCGACAAGGCAGCAUCUUGGAUUGCCGCAGCCGAGACCGUGGUAAAGCGCGGCAAGGCCAGAAAGGUCUACUGCAUGGCGACCCACGGCGUGUUUGGCGCAGAUUGCCUUGAGCAGCUCCAAGCUUGUGAUUGCAUCGACCAGAUCAUUGUCACCAACAGUUUCCCCAUUCCCGAAUCCAAAGCGAAGCAAGCCAGCAAGCUGAUGAUUCUGGAUCUCUCGUACCUCCUGUCCGAAGCCAUCCGCAGGAAUCACUACGGCGAGUCGAUCUCGCCGCUAUUCCAGCAUGCCGAGUAG